AUGAUCUAUUUCAAGUCGAAAAUUUUCAUUAUUGGACUUUUGUGCUAUAUUUUACAACUUAAAUCUAAUGGUUUGAUAGCGACAAAUGUUGGACUUCAAACACAGAAAGGAAUAAUAUAUGGACGGCAAACUCAAUCUUCGAUUGAAUAUUUAGGAAUUCAAUAUGCAAAAGUCAGCAGAUGGAAACCUCCAAUUGAUCUUGCGUCGGAUACUUUUUCUAAUGGCACAUUUAAUGCAACUUCAUUUGGUCCAUGUUGUCCUCAACCAACUGUAAAAAUAUAUAUAGACAGACAAGAUGAACAAUGUUUGUAUCUAAAUAUUUUUACUCCAAUCAAUGUAUCAAAUCAAUCAUUGUUACCAGUUCUUGUCUGGAUUCAUGGUGGUGCUCUCCAUACUGGUUGUUCAUCACAAGGUAUUCCAACUAUAUAUAAUGGAACAAAUAUUAUCGCUAAUUCUCUUCAACCGGCUAUUAUCGUAACAAUUAAUUAUCGACUAAAUGUUCUAGCUGAUUUUUAUUUACUAGCUUUAGUUGAAGAAAAUUCACCCGACUGGCCAACAGCUGGUAAUUAUUAUUAUCUAGAUAUGUUAUCAGCAUUACGCUGGGUAAAUAAAAAUAUUCGCGAUUAUGGUGGCAAUCCAAAAAAUGUUUUAUUAUUUGGAGAAAGUUCUGGAGCUAAUGCUGUUGUUGACAUUGGUGCAUUAACAGGAUCAGCCAAUCUUUAUCAACAUAUUAUAUCGGAAUCAGGUGGAGCUGGUCAUUAUAUAUAUUAUUCAAAUAUAAGUGAUGCCCUCCAAUUAUCAAAUAAGAUUGUGCAAAAGAUGAAUUGUACACGUGAAAAUAAUGCACUAAUUCUUGCGUGUUUACGUAAUUCUUCAAUUGAAGAUUUGCAUGCGGCCUACGGUCUUCGUCUAGGAAAACCAAUUAUUGAUGGAUAUUUUUUCCCUUAUCAUCCUCUUUUAGCAAUAAAAAAUGGUUUGUACAAUCCAAACAUUACAAUGAUUAUAGGGAACAAUGAACAAGAACCUUUAACGUGUCUUGAAAAUCCAGAUAUGAAUUCAACUGGGGCCAUUUCAGUGCUAAGUCAAACAAUACCGCCACAGUGGUUACCAUCGGCCGUCAAUAAUUAUCAGCUAAAUAGUUGUUCUUCGAAUAGAAAUGCUAGGAAUCGUUGCUGUGAUCUUGUUCGCUUAUUAAUAAUAGAUAAAUUUUUUGAUUGUAAUGUUCAACGAAUAUACAAUAAUUUAUACAUGAAAUAUCAACAAUCGCACAAGCUAUAUUGGUAUCAUCUAGAUUGUAAUCCUGGGAUAUGUCCUGAAAUAUCAGUAGAAGAAGGUGCUGGUCAAUGUGCUCAUGUAGAUGAAAUUCCAUUCGUUUUUGGAACUGUCAGUUCCUAUAAUUCAAUGAAUUCUCACAAUUGUACAUGGGAUAGUCAAACACGAAGUUUUUCAAAUCAGAUCAUUUCACAUUGGAUCAGUAUGGCUCGAAAUGGAGAACCGUUACAAUCAUGGCCACAGUAUUCUCCAACGGCAAAAAAAUAUUUUAAAAUUACACCCUAUCAUGACUUUUCACCUGAACCAUGGUAUCGAGACUGUGCUUUAUUUGAUCAACUUGAAGAUGAACAAAUACGUAUUAUGUUUCCCAUAACUAGUAGUGCACUAUGUCAUAGUAUAAGCAAUUUUCUCAUAUUUUCAGUUACUCUAUUUUACAUGGAAAGGAUGAUCGUCAAUUAA